GGCGGCUUUUGCAGGUCCGCUCGAAGUCACGAUAUGACUAACAGGUGAAAACAACCUCCGGCGAACGAAGCGCCAGAAAAAUGCUUGAAAUCCUAGUGGCAACCGCACUCGUCCUGCUCACCACAGCAGUGCUAGCCGCAUUUCGAUUCAAAGCAGUGAUUGACCCAAGCCGACCCAAAGCCCUUCGCCAUGGCCGUCAGAACCCGGAAGAGCCGACGCAUAUUUUGAUCGUGCUUGGGAGUGGAGGGCAUACGGCAGAGAUGCUUGGAAUGCUCGAGCGAGCCGUAACAGAGAAGGAUUACGACUCGCGGAUCGAUUGGCGGGACUACACGCACCGAACAUGGGUUGUCAGCUCGGGAGAUGGGAUAUCGGCUGAAAGAGCAUAUGAGUUCGAGGAGAAGCUGGCGGAUCUGUCGAUGCAAACGACUUUGACGGACGGCAAGGACAACAGAGUCAUGGGAUUGGCUUCAGGCACAUAUGAGAUUGUGACCGUGCCACGGGCCCGAGAGAUCCAUCAACCUGCGUAUACUGCACCGAUAUCUUGUCUGAAGUGCUUUUGGACUUGUGUCGGUGUGUUGACUUCGCAUACCACAGAUGGUCAAUUGGACUUUCCCGAUUUGAUUCUCUGCAAUGGUCCCGCCACGGCGACCAUCUUGAUCUUCACCACGAUCUUGCUGAGAUUCUUCAACAUUCAUGGCUGCAAUUCUCGGCACAAGAUGAGGACACUCUACAUCGAAUCAUGGGCACGUGUGAAGAGACUUUCAUUGUCUGGCAGACUACUUCUACCCAUCGUGGACAGAUUCCUCGUACAGUGGCCUCAACUUGAAAAGAUCGCUGGUAGCAGAGCCGAAUAUCAUGGACCAUUGGUCUGA